AGUGAGUUACAUGGACAACCAAAGACGAAGGCGUUAUUGUUAUUGCUAAUUAAUGCCAGCUCUUUCUCUCUCUAGGGUUCCCCUCUAUAAAUAUACACAUGUUUUCUCUCUCUAGAACUUCGACCCAGCGUUUGGAUCAAUCGAAACUCUUUGCUCUCGAUAUAAGUGUUCGUAGAUCCAUCGAUCGAUCUAUGUCUGGUUUUUAUUGAUCCAAUAGUUUUUUUUUUUGAGGGUUGAUUUAUCAGAUCCGAGUUAGGUUAAUCGUUUGUGAUAAUGUUUCUGAUCGAUUGGUUCUACGGAGUUCUCGCGUCGCUCGGGCUAUGGCAGAAGGAGGCGAAGAUCCUGUUCUUGGGCCUCGACAAUGCCGGCAAAACGACGCUCCUUCACAUGUUGAAGGACGAGAGAUUGGUUCAACACCAGCCAACCCAAUACCCAACAUCUGAGGAGCUUAGCAUUGGAAAAAUCAAGUUCAAGGCAUUUGAUUUGGGAGGGCAUCAGAUUGCACGACGGGUCUGGAAAGAUUACUAUGCCAAGGUGGAUGCGGUGGUCUACCUAGUAGAUUCAUACGACAAGGAGAGAUUCGCGGAGUCAAAGAAAGAGCUGGAUGCUCUCCUCUCCGACGAGUCCUUGGCUACAGUACCUUUCCUUAUACUGGGCAAUAAGAUAGACAUACCCUACGCCGCCUCGGAGGAUGAGUUGUUGCACUGCAUGGGCCUGACUGGCAUCACAACAGGCAAGGGCAAGGUCAAUCUGCAAGACACAGGUGUCCGACCAAUUGAGGUCUUUAUGUGCUCUAUCGUCCGGAAGAUGGGUUACGGAGACGGUUUCAAAUGGAUGUCACAAUACAUCAAGUAGUGGGCAAUAGGAAAUGAGGUUUAGUUGCUUGUUUUAAAUGUUAUUUUCUGCUGGACUUUGGGUUUGACAUGUCUGUUUAAAGUCACUGUUGGAUGUAUCCCCUUUGUGUUUUUUUUUUUUUUGUUGGCUAAAUGACCCCAAGGUGGCCGAUUAUAUUCUAUCAUGUGGCACAAAGGGACUGAUCAUCAGUCAUGAUUUGAUACGGAGAAAAUCAUAAUUGAACAGGAGUCAAGCACAUUGUUUCUC